GCAAGAGAAAAAAAAGAAGAAGAUGGAGGGAGAGAGAAGGGUGGGAGUGGCCAUAGAUUUCUCUCCAUGCAGCAAGCAAGCACUAAGAUGGGCGGUGGAGAACAUUGUCCGUGACGGAGAUUACCUUAUCCUCGUUAAUGUCCAGCCCGGAGGAUAUUACGAGGGGACUGAGAUACAGCUCUGGGAAGCCAGUGGUUCGCCCUUGAUCCCACUGACUGAAUUCUCGAAUCCUGCGGUAAUGAAGAAAUAUGGAGUGAAGACCGACGCAGAGAUCUUGGAUAUACUCAACACUGUGGCUAGGCAGAAAGAGAUUGUAGUGGUUACAAAGGUUUUCUGGGGAGAUCCUCGUGAGAAGAUAUGCGAAGCCAUUGAAAACAUUCCUCUCAGCUGCCUCGUUAUAGGAAGCAGAGGGCUUGGCAAGAUCUCGAGGAUUCUGUUGGGAAGUGUUAGUAACCAUGUGGUGAACACUGCUGCUUGUCCUGUUACUGUUGUGAAGAACACAGAUCAUGAAGACUAAUGCCUCUUUAUCUUGCAAAAAUCAGAUUUGUGUUAUAGACUUUGGUGAAACUUGAUCUUAUUUUCAUGGUAGAUUUCCUAAUUCAUAUGGAUUAAACAUGGAAUUGUCUUAAAUAUUUCCGACUGUUUAUAGAUGUUUUCUUAUAUAUGAAGAUCCUUCCAUUGCUCUU